AUGGGGAGGGGUGGGGAGGGAGGGCGCAGUGGGGAAAGGGGGGUUAAGGCUGGAGGGAGAGGGACCAGGAGCCUCCAGCAAGACUUAAAACAGCCCCAGCAGCCGAGCUGGCUGCCUGGGCCCCGGGAUCCCACUGCCAGUUGGAAGGAGUUUCCAGAAGGAAACCGAGGAAGCAGCUCGUCUCUUAGCAGGACUGGGAAACCUGAAAAGGCGAUCGGCCUGGUCAGCGGCCUGGGAGUGACCGGACUUGGGCCGAGACUGGCUCCUACGGAAGGAAGGAAGUUGGAGCCCGGAGUGAUUCUCUGCCGCGGGCAGGUCCGAGCCCACGCCCCGCCUGGGCACUGGCCCUCCCUGGCAGCCCACCGCCGGCGCUGGCGGCUGGCUGCCCGGGGGUCCCCUGAGUAA